AACAUGGCGGCCGGCGACUGAGGGGCUCGGGAGCGCGCCGGGGGAGCCGCGUCCGGACCGGCCGCUCCGGCUUCGCCUCCCUCCCUCCCUCUCCCCGUCCGUCCGUCCGCCCGUCCGCCAUGUCCGACUCGGAGGAAGAGGGCCAGGAUCGGCAGAUGAAAAUUGCGGUGCUGGGCGACGGCGCGUCCGGGAAGACCUCCUUAGCUAUACGCUUUGCUCAAGAAGCUUUUGGGAAACAGUACAAACAAACUGUAGGACUGGACUUCUUUUUGAAAAGGAUAACGUUGCCAGGAAAUUUGAAUGUUACUCUUCAAGUUUGGGAUAUAGGCGGGCAAACGAUAGGAGGCAAGAUGUUGGACAAAUAUAUCUUCGGAGCCCAGGGAAUCCUUUUGGUGUAUGAUAUUACAAAUUACCAGAGCUUUGAGAAUUUAGAAGACUGGCUCUCCGUAGUCAAGAAAGUGAACGAGGAGUCAGAAACUCAGCCAUUAGUGGCAUUGGUGGGCAAUAAAAUUGACUUGGAGCAUUUGCGAACAGUGAAAGCUGACAAGCAUCUACGGUUUUGCCAGGAAAAUGGUUUGAGUAGCUAUUUCGUUUCUGCCAAGACAGGAGAUUCGGUCUUCCUGUGCUUUCAGAGAGUUGCUGCUGAAAUCCUUGGCAUCAAAUUAAACAAAGCAGACAUGGAACAGUCACAGAGAGUGGUGAAGGCAGAUAUCGUAAACUACAGUCAAGAACCGGUAUCAAGAACGAUUAACCCGCCUCGAAGCUCGAUGUGUGCAAUUCAGUGAACGUCGUUCUCUUCAUAUCGAUCCUGCGGGCAGCCCUCCUCUUCUCGCUUGGGCCCCUGGACUGCUAGUUUAUUUUCACAGUGAUCAUCUCGGUAGUGCAUCUGGAGGGUUCAAAACCCCGCCUCACAAUCCGUCUGUCCAAAACAAUGGACAACUCCUUGGACCAGCCAAGAUUCUAACUUUGGGCCGCCCCUUCCAAAAUCAAAAUUGAGAUGGUCUGCCCUUUAGAGUGAUUUUGUUUUAACAAAAUAUAAUGAUGUGCACAAGUAUUAUGGCUUCACAGGUUCUUAACUGAUGUCCCCGUAAAUUUGGAUAUCAGUAUUUGAAAACCUUGGAAGGCAUUCCUGCAGGGUACUUGGCCUCAGAGUCGAUCGAAUUUUGGGAUCGCCACUGACAAUUCAGCGUAGAUAACUCUGAAGCUAUUGUCAGAGAAUCAGUUAAACAAGUAAUAUAUUUUGUCUAGAAAUAAUUUAGGAUGGCCUUCCUUUGUUACAUAGAGAGAACAAAAAUGAUCUAAACUCUAUCGAAUCGAUAAUCCUUGAAAUAAAGCUAUAAUGCAAGGUAUUUUUUCAUUUUUUAAAAAGGUCCGCAACUGUUCAUAUUGUAUGUAGCUGGAAACUCCCAAUUAUUGAGGAUUUAAAAUUGUAUUUUUAUUAUUAUAUCAUAAUCAUUAUGUAUUGUAUAAUACUCAGGUGAGCAUGCUUUAUGAAUUUCGAUGACCUGUUCCACGUGAAGAGCGAACUGGUCAUUUAGAUAUGCAUUUAGGACGGUCGAAAUAUCGAUGAAAUAACGUGGACGAAACAGUGUUCUGAUUUUCUUUCAUUUCCUUCCCCUCCCCAAAUAAAUUAUAUUUGAACCACUAAAA